AUGGGCCGUUUCCAGUCGCAUAGAAAGACUCACGGUCAUGGCGCCCGCCACGGCUCAAGUGCUAAGGAGGAGACACAUCUACCGAGGGCGCAGUUCAUAUGA